AGAAUCAUUCGUGUCGCUGAAUGAAUGGGAGAACCUUAGCUGUAGCACCUUUUGUCCAGCAGGUGGCGGUAGUGUGACUUCAUAGCUGGCGACCGCCGUGAAACGACACAGAAGAAGAAGACAAAGACAAGGAAACGGCAGAUUAAAAACAAGAGACAGACAUGCUACCAAUGGAUUAACAAAAAAGGCUGAAAUAUGUCAUCUAAGGAGGGUGGAGUUAGUAAAAACGGUCAACCUGUGGCCGUGGCGCCUGAAAGAAUGACUACUGUGAAAGGCAACGACAACCAGCAUGCAGUCAAGGCAACAGGCAGAAACACAGACACCAGCACAACUGCCAAAAACCUGGCUCUGCUCAAGAAACACUCACUGGAUGUGAAGUUUGAUGUGGGCGAGGAGUAUGACGUCAUUGAAACCAUUGGUACUGGUGCCUAUGGCGUUGUGUCGUCUGCCAGGAGACGAGACAAUGGCCAGCAGGUGGCGAUAAAGAAGAUCUCCAAUGCCUUCGAAGUGGUGACUAAUGCCAAGCGCACCUUGAGGGAGCUAAAAAUUCUCAAGCACUUCAAACAUGACAAUAUCAUUGCCAUCAAUGACAUCCUGCAGCCUAACCUUCCUCACUCUGCCUUCAAGUCUGUGUAUGUAGUGCUGGACCUCAUGGAGAGCGACUUGCACCAGAUCAUCCACUCCGCCCAAGCACUCACACCGGAGCACACCCGCUACUUCCUGUACCAGCUCCUUCGUGGCCUUAAGUACGUGCAUUCUGCCAAUGUCAUCCACCGCGACCUCAAGCCCUCCAACCUGCUGGUGAAUGAGAAUUGUGAGCUAAAAAUUGGUGACUUUGGCAUGGCCAGGGGUCUCAGCUCCCAUCCUGAGGAGUCCCACUCCUUCAUGACUGAAUACGUGGCAACCCGAUGGUAUCGUGCUCCUGAGCUGCUGCUGUCUCUGAAUCACUACAGUUUGGCAAUUGAUAUGUGGUCUGUCGGCUGCAUCUUUGCCGAAAUGUUGGGGCGAAAGCAGCUUUUUCCCGGAAAGCACUACGUCCACCAGCUUCAGCUCAUUUUGUCUGUGUUGGGCACCCCUCCCGAGGGUCUGAUUGGUGCUAUUAGAGCUGAUAGGGUCCGCUCAUACGUUCAGAGUCUUCCAUCCCAAUCUGGUGUGCCCUUCGCUAAAGUCUAUCCUCAAGCUGAGGCCAAUGCUUUGGACCUGCUGGCGUCCAUGCUCCGCUUUGAUCCACGUGAGCGCAUAAGUGUGACUCAAGCGCUGGAACAUCCUUACCUGGCUAAGUACCAUGAUCCUGACGAUGAGCCCAUUUGUGUGCCGGCUUUUGACUUUGAGUUUGAUAAGCUUCCGAUGAGCAAGGAGCAAAUAAAAGAGGAAAUUCUGAUGGAGAUCCAGGACUUUCAUAGGAACAAGCAGGGCUCACGUCAGAGGCUCCAGUUCAGGCCCUUAGCAAGAGUGAAUGGAGGAGGAGCUGCAGUAGUGCAAAGCAGCGAGCAUUGUGUCACUCAGGUUUCCUCCAGCUUGACCGAGUCCACACAAGAUCCAACAGAUGUUGGACAAGCCUCACACAUGCAGCAAAUGAGAGCGCCGGAGUCAACACAGCAAAAAGCACCAGCCGAGCCGAACCGUACGUUCACAACUCAAAUGGACACCUGUAACAAAGAUGUCCUCAAUUUACCGUGCCUCACUAAAAGCGAAAGCGGCCCGGUUGACGUGGACAUGCCAAGCGCCAGCUCGGACAGCGGCCAGCCAGAGACGAUAGAUCUAACCACCCCGGUGUCUGGUCAUGACGGGGAACCAAUGCGGGACAACGUGGCGCAGGUCACCAGUCAAGGUCCUCAGCUAGGCCAGAACCAGCCCCCUUCCUCCAUGAUCCCUUUAGCUGGGACCGUGCCUUCUCUGUCACUGUCAGCGGCCCAAGUUCAGUCACUGUCUCACAGCCUCUCACAGUCGCUGGCAAAGAACCAGAGGCCAUCGCAAGGCACCGGAGAAGGGACCAGAAAAGAUGGGGCCAUAUCGGAAGACACCAAAGCAGCUCUUAAAGCUGCUUUAUUCCGGAAUAAAGCCAGGGGAGAUGGCAGUGUGUCCACGUCGGGCUCCGAGGCGGCCACCGCAGGAGGAGCAUCCUCGUCUCUAUCCGAUCUGGAGUCGCGCCGACCCGUCACGGCUCAGGAGCGCCAGCGAGAGAGAGAGGAGAAGAGGAAGAAGAGGCAGGAACGAGCGAGGGAAAGGGAGAGGAAACUUAAAGAGAAGGAGCGGCGAGAAGGGAGGCAGGGAGACUCGCUGGGCGGGGUUCUACUGAGUGAUAACGACAAAAGCCUCCUACAGCGAUGGACAAAGAUGAUGGACAGUCGCAGUGACUUAGGGAAAAAUAAAGACUAUUGUGUGAACCAUACGGUUGUGGGUGACAAUGCUCAAGUAUCACCCAACAGUAAAGUAGAAAAAGAAGCGAAAAUGUUUCUAUCUCAUGAGCAGCUAAUUUCUCAACUUGAAGCUAGUCAGGCCAGUUUGUUCCAACCUCCCAGCAAAAACCAGCAACUGCUUUUCUCAAUGAGCCAGAGGAAACCAGCAGAUGUUGCUGUAAGUGGCUGUGUGGACCUAAUGGCCGUCUCUGGCGGCUUUGUUAAGAACAACGUGCUCAAACCUCACGACGAGAGCAGCGGCCCGAGCGCUUUCAACUGCUUGGGUAAUUGGAACAGACAGCAAUUAGAGACGAGGCCAUCACAACAUGCAAAAGCACACAGGACACCGCCUCAGCCGCAACAGAACUUUCUCCAAAGUCAAGCGCUACCAGACUCUCAGACACAGCUGCUCCCCCUGGAGAGUUUUUUAACCAAAGGCCAGACUACACUAAGCACCAGCGAUACCAACGGCAAUAUCGGCGGCAAUCACCUCAACAAUCACGUCACACCCUCAUCUGCUAAUGGUGGGCCAAUGGAGAAGUUGUGCUCUUCCGUUGGGGAGAAAUCAGGGCCACAGACCACAAGUACUCUCUGUGGGGCCUUGGGGGUGCCCUCGCAGGCUCACGCCAGUUUGGGAUUCACAGAUACGGGGCAGCAGGGCCCCUCCAUUGCUCCUGACAUCCACACAGUAACACUGCAGCUCUCAAAGUCUCAGGUUGAGGACGUGUUGCCCCCAGUCUUCUCUGUCACCCCUAAAGGCAGCGGGGCGGGCUAUGGUGUGGGCUUUGACCUGGACGAUCUUCUCACCCAGUCGCUUACAGAGCUGCAACACUGCGACCGAGACAGUUAUGACUCUGCUCCACUUUCGGCCUCUCUCUUAUCUGAUUGGAGCGAGGUUCACCGCAUGACUCCGGCCGAUCUAGAAUCACUGCAGCAGGAGCUCCAGCUCGGCUCUCCCAUGAUCCUCUCCGAUUCCAUCCAGCCUGAUGCCUGACUGAGUCAAUUAAUUAGUAGUUUUUGUGAACUGUAGUACUAAGCAGUUCAUUUUCACUUUGAUGCAAUCUUGAAUUUUAAAAAUCCACCUUUGUCAGCCUGUGAAUGUCAAACUCAAGUAAAAUUUGAGGUUUAUACUGUCAAUGCUGGUUA